UUUUUUUUUUUUUUUUAUAAAAAGGAAAAAGGCCUUGUUUUUGUAUUUUCGUCUUUUUUUCUUUUUUUCUUUUUACAAAAGAGGAAUAAAAAGAGAUGAAUUUUCAAAACUCGUAUCCGAGAACAGCUCAAUCGGAUAGCAGUAUGAACCAAAAUAAUCAGUCUACGAAUACUAACAACAACAACAACAGUAACUACAACUACAACAACAACAAUGGAACACAGUCAAUGUCAAUUGGGAUGGAGGGCUUUAAUAGUAUCCCUGACACGUUGAAUGCGCAACUAAGUGAAAAAGACAAACAGAUCUAUCAGAAAAAUAACAUGCGUCUACGAGAAUUAGAAAAAGAACUACGUGUUUUUCAUUCUUAUGGUAAUGCAUGUGACGAGUUAAUGUCAUGGCUGAACGAUGAUCGUGCGUACAACCAAAUAAACGAAGCUGCAUUGUUGGGUUGUCUUACUGCCAUCCAUGAAAAAUAUGCAGAACACGGUCGUUGGUCUGGCACCCAGAUAUUGAGAACAGCAAAUGAAAAAAGUGCGCGUCUGUCAGACAGGGCACGAGUCAUGAUUAGAAACUACUUUCAGGAAGCAACAAAUGCACAACAAAGAAGACAGAGUGAAAGUUCUAUCGCCUCCAAUAACUCUUCUUCUAAUAUGACCAUACCAGGUUCUCCCACCAGUUUCAGAUCCAAUAUCAAUACUCCUCAUUCCCCUACCGCUGCUAGUUUCUUUGCGGGAAACAGUACCUUUAACCAACUUGUCAAGAACCUCUUAGACGCCACCCAAAAUCAUUCCCCUAACCCUUCCCCUAUGGCUUCUCCUGUCCAACAACACCAGAGAAUGUCUCCCGUCCCACCUUCGGCCCCUGCUCUGGACCGAAACAUCAAUAAUAUGUUACAUUUACAACCUGCGCAGCAAAAAAGAAUACUUCAACAACAAAGGUAUCAAAACCAGCAACAGCUACAGUUUCAACAACAACAGCUGGCUCAGCAAAAUGCUAUUAAACAACAACAGCAACUACAACAACAAAGCCACCAACACAAGUUGCAUUUACAAAUGAAGCAGCAGCAAUUGAUAAAUAUGCAUCAACAGCAGUAUCAACAGUUACAGCAACAGCAACAACAGCAACAGUUACAGCAACAACAAUUGCAGCAGCAACAGCAGCAACAGCAAUUGCAAAAACAGCAACAGCAACAGCAAUUAUUGCAGCAGCAACAACAACAACAGAAGCAGCUACAACAACAGCAACAGCAGCAGCAGCAGCAACAUAAACAUCACCAGCAGCAACAGCAUCAUCAUCAUCAUCAAAAUUUGCAACAGCAACGUAUGCAACAAUACUAUACUCCUUUAGCAUCGCAAACCCCGUAUAAUACAGCGGCUAUACCUGCUGCGCCCGCCGCUAUGACUAUACCUGUUGCUCCUGCUGCUGCCGUGGCUUCGGCUGCCGCUAGUGCCGCUGCCGCUACUGUCGCUAUACAAAAUAGUGGGUCAAGGGCCUCCGCUGUACCAACUGCUCCUGCUUCCUUCAGUACUUCUUUCUGGACACAAGAGAUGCAGCAACAAAUGAUGACUAUAUUGACUGGGAACCAAAGUGCACCUUCUGCAUCUCCUACUACGGCUCCUGCUCAUCUGCCCCCGUCUGCUCCUCCUGCGACUCCGACUGUCACUGCCGUUACCGUUAUCAAUGACCCAGUGUCCUAUACAAGCUCCACUCAUACCAGUCCAACAAUCACUACAACACGAGCAGCACCACAUACUGCGCCAGCUCACGGAUCUAUUACCAUUGCGCAUUCAUCCGUCACACCCAGUGACAGCUCCAGAAAUACUGUAAACAACAACAGCGAUAAGAAUAAUCAUAAUACUAGUAGUAACAGUAGCAGUAAUAGUAAUAGUAGCAGUAAUAGUAACAGUCACGACCAUAACAACAACGCCACCAACGCCACCAACGCGACCAACACGAACACGAACAGCAAUAGCAAUAAAAGUAAUGCAUCACGGCCUCACAGCCAACUACAACAACAAGAAUUACACUUGCCUUCAUUACCACAAGCAUCCCAACUUCAUUUACCCGCUGGUGGUAAAAAACGCCAAUUGGACAGUGAAAGGGAUAGGGUUAAAUUUAGAUAUACGCGUGAAUAUGUGAUGAAACCGUUCCGAUUAGUGCAUGAUCAAAAGGUAACGACAAAGAACUUUUAUGUGUCUCGCAAGGACUUUGAUCGAUUGUGUCUGGAUGAGGAUAUGUUCGUGGAAGAGGAUCAUAGGAAACAUCCCAUAUCUUUGUUUUUCACCGCUUUCUAUGCCAAUUUACCAGAAAUCAAAUGUGAUUGGCCGCAGAAUUUAAGGGUUGAAUUGAACGGAAAGGAAUUGCACUUGGAAAAGAAAACCAAAAUACGAGGAAGUGGCAGUAACGCAACUUAUAGUGGUAAAGAUUAUCCCUAUAAUAUGACAAGGCUUCUUCGAAUGGGAGAUAAUCAAUUAAAAAUACACCAAUUGGGUUGUGCUUGUUCGUAUUAUUUCUGUAUACAAAUCCAUAAAAGAUACAGUGAAAACUCAUUCUUGGAUCGUGUGAAGGGUACUACGAUCAAGGAAGAGGUGACGGCAAAGAUGAUUGAUAACAUGUUGGGCAAAUCUGUUGAUGACGAUGAUAUUGUGAUUCUUCAAGAAAGUGUCAAAAUGAAUUUGAGAUGCCCUGUUUCGUUGAAACGAAUGAAGUUGCCAGUUCGUGGUAUAGAUUGUAAACACAUUGAUUGUUUCGAUUUGAGCCCAUUCCAACAUCUUAACAUGUGUAGAUUACCCACUUGGAAUUGCCCUCAUUGCAACAGUAUGAUAUUACCGGAUAAAGUUGCCAGGGAUUUAUUUACGGAAAAGUUAUUGGAAACUUUACCAAACAAUGUAUCCGAGAUCGAAUUUAAGGAAGAUCAUGAGCAUUACAAGGUCACUAAAGUGGAUGAUCCUGAUACCGAUAGCGAGGAUGAGGAUGAGGGAGAUGAUUUAACCAAGGAUAAAAAAACGGAAUCCGUUAAAAAGGAAGGAUACGUGAUACCAUUAGGAGAUGGAAAUGUGAUUGAUCUAGUUAGUGAUGAUGAAGAAGAAGAAGAGAGAGAUAGAAAUAACCAAACAAAGAGAGCAAGAAAGUCAUAAGUUACGUUCUUCUCUAGUCUUUUUUUUUUUCUUCUUCUUUCCUUCUUCUUGGUAAAAUCAAUAGUUUUUCGAUACCCUUCUCUGACACACAUUCUCUUAUUGUAAUUUACAUUACAAUUUCACAAAAAAAAAAAUCUUUUAAUAAAGAACUGUUCAAAGUAUUUCA